UUGUCAUUUUUGUUAUUUUUUAAUUUUAAUUGUUUUUUUUAAAUAUUUCUAUUCAGCUAUGUUUUUGUUUUAGUUUUGUAAUUUUUCAUAUAUAUAUUUAUAUAUUUUUUAUUUUACUUCAACUUUAUUUCAAUUACCAAAAUUCAUGUAAUUAAUAGUUUUAGUUUUAGUUAACAGUCAGGGUUUGCCUAGUUAACAUGGCCCGUUAGCCCCUGUAGAUGUUAUAACGCCACCAUCUGAAUACAAAUUACAUUCCUCCAUUGACUGACUGACUUACAAAGUGAAUACAUAAAAUAUUAAAAUAUUAAACAUUAGAGGUUCAGUUUGGUUCCUUAAAGGUUAGCAGUGACUAAAAUUGUUUACAGCACCUUAAACUAUCCCUUAAUUGUAGUUUAGGUCAAACAAGUUUAAUUGGAGAAAAACUGGAUAUAUACUUUGUUUAUUAGAUUGGGUAUAUAUCAAUGUGUGCUAGUGUGCAUAAACCAAAUGAUAUUUUAUGUCAACCUCUGGCCAUUUUACAUAAACUAUUUCAUUAUUUCAUUCAGAUUAAUUUGGUUGGUGUUAUUUAUGACCUAUUUAUCAUGAAAGACAUCAUCAUGAUGUCUUGCAACCAUGUUUUAUUUUAACCACGUGGAAUUUUUUUUAGAAAUGUGUUGACGGAUUAAGAAGCCAAGAUUAAGCAGUAUGAUACUGAUACUCUGAAGUGGUUGUCCCGCUGAAAGUUUCACCACUGGAAAUAUCGGGAUCUGUGAAUGAGAUCCAGCAUUGAAGUGUGUGAGUGUGAGGGUCAGGACAUUUAGCAACAUAAGGUUAAGACACCCAGAGCUGGACAAGCAUUUUCACAGUGUACAUGUUUAGUGGCUGACAUUAGUGUUGAACUACUUCUGCAUCUAUCUUAUCUGGGUUAAGUGUAUCGGGUAAAUCAUCUUUAUAAAUUAGGAUGGUUGGGUCUAAACUAUAUAAGAGAGCCUUAUGCAAAACUGUUUUGAAUAUAAGCCAAACUAUGCAUUGCGCUGUGACUUUUCGUCCUUGUUCAGUUUAUCAAAUUAACUUGCAUAAACAUAAAACGGAGAGUGAAGCUUUUGUUCUCUGGUUUUAUGGAAAUGCAUGACAUCAUCUGGGCCUGAUCCCAGCACAGAUAGUAUAUGUAGCCAGUUGAAGACACACUUUUUGGCCUGUUAUAUUGUCUGUUUCAUACUUACUGUGACUUUUUCUAUGCUAGAUAUGUUUUCUGACUCUGAAGAAUUGCCUGAGGAUGAACAUGUCCCAGGAGAAGAGCCUCAGAUGUCUCAGAUAAGUGGCCUGUUUGUGGAAAAGCCUCAGACCGUCACUGCCGUUAAAGGGAAAAAUGUCACAUUUGUGGCUAAGGUGGACUCCUCUCAGAUGCUAAGGAAGCCAACUAUGAAGUGGCUGAAGGGGAAAUGGAUGGAUCUGGGCAGCAAGGCUGGAAAACACUUGCAGUUCAAAGAAACCUAUGAUAGGAACACCAAGAUCUACACCUAUGAGAUGACCAUUGUUAAGGUUGUGGACGGAGAUGCAGGAGGUUAUCGUUGUGAGGUCACUUCCAAAGACAAGUGUGACAGCUGCACGUUUGACAUCUCGGUCGAAGCUGCUGAAGAGACACAGCAAACAAACAUUUUGGAAGCGUUCAAACGAUCGGGAGAUGCAGGAGAGGAUGCAGGUGAUCUGGACUUCAGUGGUUUACUCAAAAAAAGAGAGAGGAAGCAGAAGGAGGAGCCUGAGAUAGAUGUGGAUGUGUGGGAGAUCCUGAAAAAUGCCAAGCCAUGUGACUAUGAGAAGAUCGCUUUUCAGUACGGCAUCACCGAUCUCAGAGGAAUGCUCAAAAGGCUUAAGAAGAUGAAGAAGGUUGAGCCCAAAAAGAGCGAUGCUUUUCUAAGGAAGCUGGAUCCUGCUUACUCUGUGGAGAAAGGAAAGAGAAUACAGCUUAGUGUGGAGCUGGCUGACCCCAACACUCAAGUCAAAUGGCUGAGAAAUGGACAGGAGAUCAAACCUUCUGCCAAAUAUAUCUUUGAGAGUGUGGGUGGUAUCCGUAAGCUCACUAUUAACAAGUGCACCCUCGCUGAUGAUGCCGCGUAUGAAUGUGUGGUUGGAGAGGAGAAGAGUUUCACUGAGGUCUUUGUCCAAGAACCACCUGUCACCAUCACUAAGAUGUUGGAUGACAUCCAUGUGGUGGUUGGGGAGAAGGUGGAGUUUGAGGUUGAAGUGUCUGAAGAGGGAGCCAAUGUGAAAUGGAUGAAGGAUGGAGUGGAACUGAGCCGAGAUGGAAAGUAUCGCUUUAAGAAAGAUGGGACAAAGCACUGGCUCAUCAUCAAUGAGGCAACCACAGAGGACAUUGGAACAUACUAUGUGUACACUAGCGGGGGGGAGUCCAAGGGAGAGCUGGAAGUGGAAGAAAAGGAACUGGAGGUUUUGCAGAGUAUAGCUGAUCUGACAGUGAAGGCAGCAGAACAGGCUGUCUUCAAGUGUGAAGUGUCGGAUGAGAAAGUGACUGGCAAGUGGUUUAAGGAUGGGGUGGAGGUCAUUCCCAGCAACCGCAUCAAAAUGACACACAUCGGCAGGACUCACAAGCUGGUGAUAGAUGACGUGAAGCCUGAAGAUGCCGGAGAUUACACCUUUGUACCAGACGGUUAUGCUCUUUCUCUUUCUGCCAAACUUAACUUCUUGGAGAUCAAGAUCGAUUACGUUCCUCGUCAAGAACCACCCAAAAUCCACCUGGACACCACUGGCACCUUUGUCAACAAAAACACCAUUAUCGUCGUUGCAGGAAACAAGCUCCGGUUUGAUGUUGACAUUACAGGGGAGCCCCCUCCCACUGUGUGCUGGAGAAAAGGAGAUACGGAGAUCUCUGAAGCUGAAGGCCGUGUGAGAGUGGAGACCAGGAAGAACCUGAGCUGCUUUGUUAUUGAAGGGGCAGAGAGAUCUGACGAGGGCCUCUAUCAUAUCACUGUAAUCAACCCAGCAGGAGAGGACAAGGCUGAUGUCAUGGUUAAGAUUGUUGAUGUGCCUGAUCCACCUGAGAAUGUGAAAUGCACUGGAGUGGGUGAGGACAAUGCUGCUAUCCAGUGGGAUCCACCUAAAUUUGAUGGUGGAGUUCCAGUGAAAGGUUACCUAAUGGAGAGAAAGAAGAAGGGCUCUUCCAGAUGGACAAAGCUGAACUUUGACAUUUAUGAGUCCACAACAUAUGAGGCUAAGAAGAUGAUUGAGGGGGUGUUAUAUGAGAUGAGGGUAUUUGCUGUUAACGGUAUUGGCAUCUCCCAGCCCAGUGCCACCUCUAAACCCUUCAUGCCCAUUGCACCAACUAGUGAACCAACGCGCUUGAUGGUGGACGACGUUACAGAUGGUACCUGUGCUCUAAAAUGGCUUCCCCCAGAGAGAAUUGGAGCCGGUGGCAUUGAUGGAUACAUCAUUGAAUAUUGCAUUGAGGGAGCCACUGAGUGGGUGCAGGCCAACGAGACCCCUGUUGAGAAGAAUAGUUACAGGGUCAGAGGGCUGCCCGUGGGAGAGAAGAUGCUGUUCAGGGUGACAGCUGUGAACAUCGCUGGUCGUAGCCCUCCGGCUGAGUUGGCGCAAGCUGUUACCAUUCGGGAGAUUGUCGAGCGUCCUAAAAUCCGCCUCCCUCGGCAGCUUAGGACUAAGUACAUCAAACGAGUGGGUGAGAAGGUCAACCUUGUCAUUCCCUUCCAGGGCAAACCGCGUCCAGCGGUGACCUGGCUCAAGGAUGACGCACCUCUAGACGCCGGGCUGGUGAAUAUCCGCACAAGUGAAGUGGACACUAUCCUGUUCAUCAGGCAGGCAACCAGAGAGCACUCUGGCCUCUACACCCUUUCCGUGCAAAUUGAGAACAUGGAGGACAAAGUCAAUCUUGAGAUCCAGAUUGUAGACAAGCCUGGGCCUCCAAUUGCUGUCACUGUAACUGAUGUUUGGGGCUUCAAUGCUGCUUUGGAGUGGAAGCCUCCAAAAGAUAAUGGCAACUCGGACAUCAUUGGCUAUACCAUCCAAAAGGCAGACUUGAAAACUAAGGAGUGGUUCACGGUUCUUGAACACAAUCGCAGACCUAGUUGUACCGUGUCUGAUCUGGUGAUGGGGAAUGAGUACACCUUCCGUGUGUUCAGCGAGAACAUCUGUGGCAUGAGUGAUGAUGCUGGCAUCAGCAAAAACACAGCUGUCAUCACCAAAACAGGUCUUAAACAAAAAAUGCAACCCUACAAGGAAAAAGAUAUGUGCAGCUCUCCUAAGUUCAUUACACCUCUCGUGGACAGAUCCGUUAUCGCAGGUUACAGCGCUGCCAUCAGCUGUGCUGUCCGUGGGCACCCAAAACCAAAGAUUAUAUGGAUGAAGAAUAAGAUGAUUAUUGGAGAGGAUCCAAAGUAUCUCAUGCAGAAUAACCAGGGUGUGCUGACUUUAAACAUCCGCAAGCCCAGCUUGUUUGAUGGCGGGAAGUAUACAUGCAAAGCCAUCAAUGACCUGGGAGAGGAUGAAGUGGAGUGUAAGCUGGAGGUUCGAGUCAUAACAGAAAAGGAUGAGGCAAAGAAGUGAACACAGCCAUGAAGAUACCCUAAGACAGCUGUCAGGCGGCAUCAUGAGUGUCAGAAAAGCAAUAAAAAAUCUUAAAAUGA